UUAUAAACAUCUAAUUUAAAUAUGCUGAAUAUUUUGAACAAAAUGAAUCGUUGAUUUUCUGAAACCUCAAAAAAACUAAUAUAUAGUUGUUUUUUAGCCAGAACCAAAUUUGACAUCAGUGAAGAGUUAGUUAGCGACAUUUUUUUUACUGAUUUAGAGGGUACUGUGGUUGAGGAGGAUUGUAUUCACGAUUAUCUCAGUACUCCUAACUGCGUCCUAAAAAUAGGUGGAAUACACACACAUCAGGAACUUACAUCUUCUGAUUCUACCCUAUCCUUGACCAAAGAAACUCCUUCCGCCAUAGAAAUUGAGGAGUGGUUGAAAAAUGCCGAAAAAGAAUCUGAUCCAGAUCCAAACAACGUAUUUGUGCUUAAUAUCGACCAAGAUGGAUUUGUUAUUCCUCCAAAAAUCGAUAAAGAUUAUGCCGCAGGGGCAAAAAAUGAACAUGUAAAUGGAAAGAUGCUAAAAGAAUUUUUACAUAAUAAUGGGGGAGAAAACAUUUUGGAGGAAUAUGACAAAAACAAAAUUUUAACAAACCGGACCCGGAAAGAGUUAGUUAAUUUAACGGUCCGCAUGAUGAUAAAAAAUUAUGGAACUUCUUUGUCGAAAGAAAUUAAAGUGGAAUUUGCUAAAGCACUUGUUGAACUGUUUCCCAAGCUAAAGGACCCAAACAGUACCAAGGGAGGAUAUGAAAUAUUUUAUGAUGAUUCCCAACGAACUCCUAGUGGGUAUUUAGCUUGGAGGUUGAGGACCGUUGUUAGAACCAUGCCCAGUUUUCAUAAGAAAAGAAAACAAUUGGCAAUUACUACGAACGAUCCAAAAAAAAGGAAGCUUUCGCAUACAUUAAAAGAGCAAGAGCUUGCUGAUAUAGAGUUUUUGAAAAAUGCGUGCACUAAAACUCAAAAACAUGAAAUAUUUCAAAAAAUGAAAAAUACCCUAGACUGCAGAAUAAACAAUGAUUUUUCACUUAAUGACUACCCAAGAUUCCUAGACACGCCAGGGCUUAUUGAACAAGAUUUUACCUUAUUGUACCCAAACGCCAACCAAUUUGAUAUUGAAUUUGAAAAAUACGUGAACAAGAUACUAGCUGUGUAUGAAGCAACUAUUUCUAACAAAUCAACGGAUAUUGAAGUAUUAAUUAUAGCUUGGGACAAGAAUACACAAGCCCUACUUGCAAUCCUUCAUAUGCUGCCUUCUACCGCUAAAGGAAGAAAAUCUGGUGGCUACUCCAGGGACACGUUGAAUUCUUUGUUUCAGAAAUUAAUAGUAUUUUCGUCGGUUGGAGAUCCACUAGAAGCCAUCAUAGGUGCCGCAAAAGGAAGUCAACCUUACCUAAUCGCUAUUGGUUCUAACAAGGCAGCAAUUCAUGAUUUUAAAGUAGUCGUAGAUAACAAAUUUUUAGAAACAGGUCAGAGCUCAAUUUUGCAAGCGUUUGAUUUUCUGUUUAAAACUUAUUUCGUAUUUAAAAUCAAAUUUGAUGUUGGACUAGAAACAUUUUUUACUUUUAUUCAGGAUUUUUUUUAUAACAUAGAGACGGAUAAUAUCCAUUAUACCACUAAAAUGAGGGAGCUUAAGAAUAGGAUUCUCAAUUUUUGAAUACAAUUUUAAUGGGUAUUUUACUUAAAACUAUUAUUGAAAAAGUAUUGAAGUAAAGACGCACAGACAAAGUUUGUGGAAUAUUUUAUUAAAUUUUAUUUGAUAAAUUAAUAAAAUCGUGUAAGUAAUAAUGGAUCUGAAGUGUGUCAUAUGUUUUCGAACAUUUACAGAAAUCACAAAAUUAUUACAGCACAUACGUCUUUGGCAUUUCCGUAGUUCUCGUGAAAAUCUUUCUUUGAAAUGUUGCAACAAUCAAUGCGCCUCCACAUUUAAUACAUACUGUGGAUACAAAAAACAUUUGGUUAAAUGUAUUAUUAAACCUUCUGUUAAUGUUUUAUG